AAUAUCAUUUGUUUGAUGUGAAAUAUUCAAUUAAAUCAUGAAUCAUGAAACUUCAUAAGGUAUGCAUUUAUAUCUUACAAAUUUAUAGUUUGAAUUGUUAGAAACAAUUUUGAAUGUCCAUAGGAAUACUAGGAAGGGCAGCAUUGAGAAUGAAUGCAAAUAAAUACAAUAUAAGAACCCUUUAAUAGCAAAUUUAAUUGACAAUUUCUCAUUGCAUGUACUCAACUUUUAUAAUCAGAGUAAUGAAAAGAGAACCUUCAGUAAAGCCAUAAGGUUUAUAAAAAUGAAUAUUAAUUAUAUUUGUUGAUAGUACUUCUCCUACUACACUAUUUAUAUCUAUUCAAACAGGCCUUCUGAAGUCUCUCAUGAUUUUUCUUCAAAGAGAGAGUGAUGGGUUCAGGGAGUGAGGCAGGGGGAGCAGCGUAAAUUUGGCAGCUCAUAUGUGAGCUCCGGCGAGAAGUUCACUCACGGAUCUCUUGUACAGGAAGGGGACUCUUGUCAAACAGGUAGAAUCUAUCUAAUAAGAACUCACCACCCUGGAAAGCUUGGAAAAUUCUUUAUAAAAACCCUGAAUGUGCAUUCUUCAUGACACACUUAAUAUGAAUAUAUAUUUCAUUCAUUGGCAUAAAUAUAGAGUACUGCUACAAUAGUUUUUGCAGCAGAAUUUGAUCCUUGUGUCAAAAACUCCUGUCUUCUUGAACUGGUCAAUUAUUGUAUUUUUGUUGAAGCCUCCCCCUGAUUAUAAUUAGAUUGUUGUAUCUGAAUAAUACAAGCAGUGUCCAAGAAAUUAUCUUGUGUGCUCAAUACAAAAUUGACAUCAAGACCUCAGCAAUACUGUUAUUGCUGAACAAUAUUGGUCAUUUUAAACCCAUGAAACAAAAUUGUUGGAACCUUUUGAAGCUAAUUCCUUGCUUGAAGUAAUAUAAUGCCCAAGUUCAAUGAAACUGAUGUCAAGCAUGAAACGUGUCAAACCCACAAUUGAAAACAACUUGUCAAAUGCACUUAUUGUCAAACCACAUUUAUAAGAAAAUAUGCCUGACAUCAAAAAGACCCAUGGAACAUCCCAUCAUAUCAUUUCACAAACAUGUGGAGAAAUCAUUUCUUCUCACAUGGAGUCAACUGUUACACCACUUCCUGCAUAAAGGAUUUAUUCCCGAUUCUUGAAGUCACUCAUGCGCAACCACAAGAGAGAGAGUGGUGCAGGGCGUGAGGCGAUGGGGGACGCAUUGGCAUAGAGUUCAGAUGACCAAGAGUUCUGCUCCGGCAAGAUGGGGCCUCAUUCCCUGCACAGUCUUGGAUAGAGCGCAGCAGGAGAGAAAGAUGGCCUCGCGCUUCAAAACGAUAGUGAGGGUUCCCGGUGGAUUGCUUAAAUAAACAGUAUCCAGAAUUCUUGCACCACCGUGGUUGAUGAGAAAUUCGAAAUUUUGUCCGAAUGUAGACUUUGCGUGGACAGGAUUGGACUUCCGUGCGUGAAGGGCUGAUGAGAAAUAAUUAUUACUCAUCCUCUUCGGAAAUUGAUGGCUUUUACGGUAUUUUCCAAGAUCUCUCCCCGAGGUGUAUAUAUAAUUACGUGAAGGCAAUAUUUAAGCAUUCAGGACGUUCAUUUAACUCUAGUGAAAAUUAUUCAUUCUCUAGAAUCUUCAGUUAUCCAUAGGUUUUCAAAUUUUGUAUGUGAUUAAAACGGCAUGGCCGGCGUACCGCCAAAAGAACCGGACCAUGAUCAAGAAUUGCGGGAGAGAUUGGAAUUAAGCCAGGAUGAACUCCGAGUGCUGCAACGAUGCAACGUGGAGAGCUUCUGGUAUCGCUCAUUCCCUUUCGCCAUUGGGCUAUCGGUCCUGGCUCACCUUGGCAUUCAAAAAGGAUAUUGGCAGGGUUCACCGAGAUUCGGAUCGACGCCUAAAGUCCUGCUUGCCACCUUAGUCGGAUACAUAGCAGGAAAGUUCUCAUACCGGGACAAGUGCGCAGAAAUGAUAAUGGAGCUACCCAACAGUCGCUUAGCAGAAACUCUCCGCCGUAACCAACAAAACGCCGGACGCCCUCCCAUCCCAAAUGAAGAAUUGUCUGUUCCGGUUUACUCCGAACCAACGUCCGAGCAGAUUGCGAGUCGCAGAGCUCGAGAUGGGUCAGUGCGUGACUUGGACGAUUAUCGUAAACCGGAUUUGGACUUGAGUUCAUUUCAGGAACGACCACCAGAAGCAUCAAUGAUGAAAGAAGAGGAAAACCAGAGCAAAGAUGUUCAAGGCUUAUCGUAUGAUGAACUUCGUAGGAGAAAUCGAUCUGAAUUCGAAACAAAGAAGUACGAGCAGAUGAAGCGUGAUGUAACGGGUCCACUUGCAUCUUCAGCAGCUCCUGAUCCGGAGAAGCCGAAGAAGGGUCGUACUACAAAUGCUUACGGUGAUGAGUGGGAAAAGUGAGGUAGAUUGCAGCUGAAUCACCUGCAGUGUUCCCUCUAGUGAGCCCCAUUUGUUGAUUCUGUUUGUGAUUUUUGACUCCCUAUUCAAGGGUUUUCUCUUUUAUUGGAGUCAAGAUGAUCUAUGAGUGGUGAAUGAAAUCGUUCGUGCGUUGUUGAGAAGCGUUCCUGUUACUACGCUGUUAGUGAGAUAUAGUUGAGGAUGCUCAAGAAAAAGUUUUUGCUCUCUCAUUUCUUGAUGACUUGAAAAACGACCCGCAUUCAA